AUGAUCAGAAAGAAAAUGGCCCCGUUAGCACUUGUUCAAGGUGCCAGUAGAGGAAUUGGCCUUCAAUUCUGCCGUCAUCUAUUAGCCAGAGGGAAUGGGUUUGUUCUCGCAACAUGUAGAAAUCCAACAAACGCGAAAGAACUUCAAGAUCUAAGGUCCAACUACCCGAAAAACAUGGCCAUUUUCGAGCUAGAUGCGCACAACGAGGAAAAAAUAAAAGCGACCGCAGAUAUGAUUAAAGAAAACCACGGGAGCAAGCUAGACUUGCUGCUAAACUGCGCUGGUAUGCUCCAUCCUAGUGGUAAAGGAGAAACCAGUUUGAAGGAAGUGACAGCCGAAGCUCUGAGAGAAACUUUUAGUACCAACAGCAUCGGUCCAUUGCUGAUGGCCAAACAUUUUGGUGCGAUGCUUGCCAAUGGAGAUGGUACAUACGGCUGCCAGGACGGCUCAUUCCGCGGAACGCUCGUCAAUAUUUCAGCACGUGUUGGUUCAAUUGGAGAUAAUAAGUUUGGGGGCUGGUACAGCUACAGGAUGUCAAAGACAGCUUUGAAUAUGGCUACUAAAACUCUUAGUAUUGAAUUAGGCCGAGGGAGAAACAAAAUUGUAUGCAUUAGUGUUCACCCAGGGACUGUGGACACAGAUUUGUCCAGGCGUUACCAUCGGAGUGUCGACCCGUCUAAGAUAUUUACCCCUGAGUACUCUGUUGAAUGCAUGAUGAAGGUUAUUGAUGGGCUCACACUCGCAGACAGUGGGAAGUUUUUUGCCUGGGAUGGCCAGGAAAUUGUAUGGUAAUGGUUUUUACCACCAUGCAAAGAAUGUCCAGGUCAUCAGACUUGAGUCCCAGCUUUGGUGUUAACACAGCCUUUUAAAACCCUGGGUUUAUUCCCAUGAAGGGAGGUUUGUUUGCAUUGACUUCAGGGAGCAAUCAUUAUUUCCUGGGAUGAGUGCUGCUAUUAGCGUGCCAAAGCAGAAGACUCUAGAGGUUUGCCAGAUACAAAUGACCAUCAGCAACCUUCUGCUAGCUACAGUGUAUUUUGAUUGCUUCAGUUCCCCAA